AACCGCGGCGGAAUUAGGAGUGCUUCCGGAGCGCUGGACGCCGGAAGUCCAAGAGCAAGAACAAGGCUUUAUCGUUCGCCAGGGAACUCCGGAAGAAGCCGAAAUGCCGCGCCCUCGUCUCCUUUUAGAGCUGCGUUUCGCGCCUAGUGGGUCCGGUCUAAAACGUCGCCGCACUAGGUGGACUUUAAACCCGAACUUAAAGGCGUUCCUUCGGGAGCCUUGUACCGGAACAUUUUGUGUGUGGGUUUUUUUUAGAAAAAAGCGACCCGGAAAUAGAUUGACGUUGAAUCUUGACCCGGAAUUAAUUGUAUACACUAGUGGUUUGUGUUCCACCCGUUCCUAAAAUGGCGGCGGCAGCUUCAACGAGGAAGCGUCCGAGUGCGGAGGGAGGCACCGUCGUGGAUGGCGGGGGCUCGGGGCCCCACCGCGCGGGGAGGAGGCGGCUGGUGGUGAUCCUGGAGGGGGCGUCGCUGGAGACCGUGAAGGUUGGGAAAACAUACGAGUUGUUGAAUUGUGACAAACAUAAAUCGUUGCUUCUACGGAGUGGCCGGGACCCAGGAGCAGCUCGACCUGACAUCGCCCACCAGAGCCUCCUGAUGCUCAUGGACAGUCCUUUGAACCGAGCAGGCCUUCUUCAGGUUUAUAUUCAUACAGAAAAGAACGUUCUGAUUGAAGUGAACCCUCAGACAAGAAUUCCUCGUACCUUUGAUCGUUUCUGUGGCCUCAUGGUUCAGUUGCUGCAUAAAUUCAGUGUCAGAGCUGCUGAUGGGCCUCAGAAAUUGCUAAAGGUAAUUAAAAAUCCAGUGACUGAUCAUCUCCCUGUGGGCUGCACGAAGAUUGGCACAUCCUUCUCAAGUCCUACUGUGACAGAUAUACAUGAUAUGGUCCCUACUGCAGAUCCUAUAGCUAUUGUUGUGGGAGCUUUUGCUCAUGGCUCGGUAAAUGUUGACUACACAGAAAAGACUAUCUCUAUCAGCAACUACCCACUUUCUGCUGCUUUAACCUGUGCCAAGAUCACCACAGCGUUUGAAGAGAUGUGGGGAGUAGUGUGAGAUUAUUAAUACUGAUUUUGUGUAGUUGGACAAUUUCUUAGCUCCAUAUUCUGGAGUAAUAUUGUAGGGUUUUACCUACUUGGGAGGGGGGAGUGGAAUCUUAAGAUUCCUUUGUUCUGUUUUAUGGCAAAUAAAAUUUUUAAGGUGA